GGGUAAAGGGCAGCGAUGUCCCGCCCUCUGAACGCGGACUCUGGUGCUGAUUGGCUGUCAGCCGGACGGACGGGGCAAGCGACCAAUGAGAGAGCGAGGAGACGAGCUGAGGAGGCGGCGCGCGAGGCGGGAGACGCGGCGGGAGGGAGGUCCCAUCCCCCACACGCCGCCAUGUUGUCCCUGAAGGUGAAGGUGGAGAAACCAGAUUUAGAGGCGACGUCAGCAAGGAGCCGCUUGGACGCUGUGCUGCAGGGUCUAUUGGAGCGCAAUGAGGGAGAUAGGGAAGCCCUGGAGGACGAUGCUGGCAAAGCAGGAGGCGACUCGAUCCCAAAGGCCGCCUCACCCAGCGCCACUGGAAAGAGAUCGUCCCGCCGGUUCCCCCCCCACCGGAGGAAGAAACGACGUGAGGCUGAAGAGGGGCAGCCCGAGCCCCCCCUGCACAGACACAAUACGUACGUGAUCAAACUGUUUGACCGCAGCGUGGAAUUGGGGCAGUUCUCGGAGGGGACGCCCCUAUAUCCCGUCUGUAGGGCCUGGAUGAGGAACUGCCCCACAGCCAGACCCACAACCUGCCCCACGGCGCCGGAUCCUGCCCCACAAGUUGAGCCAAAAUCCCCCUUUUUGGCCCAAAUUUCCCCUUUUUGGCCCCAAUUUUCCCCUGUUCAGCCCCUGGAGCCUCCGUCCAUGUCGACCCUGAUCUACAGCAACAUGGAGAGAUGGAAACGCGUCCGACAGAGGUGGAAGGAAGCAUCUGCCCGGCAACAGCAGCGCUAUGGCGCCAGCCUGCGCCUCCUCCGCCGCAUCUACGAGCGACAGUAAAACCGACCAAUCAGCGCCUCCCUUUCACCCUUAUCCCCGCCCUCCCGCUUGCUCCCGGCCAAUAGGAUUUCUUCUUUCUUCCCCCUCCCCCUCCCGCUUGCUCCCAGCCAAUAGGAUGUCUCCUUUCUUCCCCCCCGCCCCCCGUAGUAUAGUGUGGGUGUGACGUCACAAUGGAGCUCGGCGCUGAUUGGGUGAGGGGAGAAAAAGGGGGCGUGGCCUGGAGGGUUUAUUGUUCAUUCAUAAAAAGGAGGCGGCGGCGUGGGAAUGAAUCCUAUUGGUGGGACGAAUCCUAUUGGUGGAGCCGAUCCUGAUGCUGGGAUCCUAUUGGUGGGAAAAAAAGGGGGCGGGGUUAAUUACUAUUAGCAUUAAUUAUUCCAUUGUUUCUGUUGUAAUUAAAGACACACAGUAAUAUUAAUUCCCUAA